AUGGUCAGUCGAGGAAUCCAAGCUGGACGUUCUGAAGCAUCGCAUGUCAGCCACGACAAUCGGGAGAACACAAUCCAGACCACCAAAAUGGAUGGCUGGUAUGGUGUUGAAGAUGCCGUCGAAAGACGUCGAAUACAGAACCGCAUGGCCCAACGUGAACGGCGGAAGCGCCUCGUGCAAAGUAGAGUUAGAAUCGAAAGCGCGAUCAAUGAUGCAUCCCAGAGCACUACCUGCCGUUCCCAAAACGCUCCAGUAACUCCCGUGUUCCUGCCCCUGACGGAGUCUAGCCAGCAAAGUACUGCAACAUCACUGACGCUAGCCACUGGCGCCCUCUCCGGCCGUGGAACACAGGACAUCGCGGUAUCCCAACACGCAAGACGGGAGAACCUCACGACGGAAUCAGAGCCAAUCACGGUCUGGUCUGCUCUUUUCCACAACGGCGCAAUGAUGGGCUUGAGUUGUAGCACUAACACGCCACGGAAGUCAUUGCCACAAGGCCCCGACAUACCUGCCACACUACAUCCGACGGCAUUACAGCUGACGACUUUCCACCCGUCGUGGAUCGAUCGAUUCCCAUUCGCUAACAUGCGCGAUAAUUUCAUCUCCAUGGCUGGCAUAAUCGACGAAGAGGAUUUCCUCUGCGAUCUCUUCAGCAUGGAUAGCUUCCGCAUCAAGCCUGGAAAGCCGGGCUGGGACCCGAAUGCCUGGAUCAUCGGACCUGAUUUUGGGAAGAAAUGGGGUUACUUGUUCUAUUGA